GAGAGAGUAUCGUUGAGUCCAGAUUUGAGCCUGGACUGGGAUGAAGAAAUGGCCACAGCUCAGCCUCACGACUGUGUCCCCGUUCCCUCCAACCACCCUCUCUACGUCCUCUACACAUCUGGCACAACAGGAACACCAAAGGGCGUCGUGCGAGACACUGCGGGCUACGCUGUGAUGCUGAAAUGGACCAUGUCAAAUAUUUAUGGACUCAGUCCUGGAGAUGUGUGGUGGGCUGCGUCAGACCUCGGCUGGGUCGUCGGCCAUUCUUACAUCUGCUACGGCCCUCUGCUCCACGGCAACAGCACCAUCCUCUAUGAGGGUAAGCCUGUUGGGACCCCGGACGCUGGGGCCUUCUUCCGUGUCAUGUCUGAGAACGGCGCCUCCUCCAUGUUUACAGCACCCACUGCCAUCCGAGCCAUCCGCCAGCAGGACCCCCAUGCUGCCAUCGGGAAAAAAUACCCCCUCUCCAGGUUGCGCUCAUUAUUCCUGGCAGGCGAGCGUUGCGAUGUGGAGACGCUGGACUGGGCGAAGAGGAGCUUUGGGGUUCCUGUCCUGGAUCACUGGUGGCAGACUG